AGGAUCGAGUGCGCGAAGCUGCUCCCGGAGGGUCACACAGUGCACAAACUCACUACUUACUAUACAGCGCACCCGCCCCGCAGAGUACGGCACCUGCUGCACCGAAGCUCAUGCGCGCCCGCUCGUGAACUGCACCCCCGCCGCCUCGGCAGCCCCUGGCCGGCGGCAUCGGCAUGCUCCUGGGCCCAGCAGCCUGGCGCCUGGCCGUUCUGUGCCGCCUGGCUGGCGUCGGCAGCUGCCGCGCGCGGGCCCUGGCCGAGGAAGCUGUCCUCGAGGACCACGGCACCGCCGACACCACCUGCAUCCAGCUGCACGGCAGCGCUGGGCGCGUGGAUAUCCUCGGCGGCGCCGGCCCCGUCGUGCCGACGGCCUCGCGGCCGGCACCCGCUGGGCGCGGCCGCGCCUGGGGCCUGGGCGACGACACCUCGCAGGGGCCGGCGGUCCGGACCGCCGACGUGGCCACCACCUCGGAGAUGGCGCCGUUCGAGGCCCACAGCUCCGGGAUGUCGGCCUCGCAGGCCACGGCCGCCCUCUACGUGUUCGGGGCGCUGCUGGCGCUCGCGACGAUGGUGCUCGUCGGGGCGCUGUUGUUGCAGCUGCUGCCCGGCAGCAGCCAGGGCCAGCACCAGGGCGGCGAGGCCACCGCCAGGCGCGAGCCAGGGCGGCGCUGGUCGAUCACCAGGCCGCGGGGGAGCGCGCCGCCCGGGAGCCCGCCCCCGGCCCCGGGGGCGGCAGCCGACGGCCACCACGGCGGCUGCCUGGCGAGCUGACCCGCGGGAGCUGCUCUGCUCGGGGACGCGCCCGACAUCAUGCUCGUCUCCGCUUCUCCGCCCUCGCCGCUGCGCGCGCCUCGGGCCCUGCGCCGACGAGCUCUCGGCGUCGGGCGAGGCGGGCCGGGCACACUCGGGAGGGGAAAAAGCACACAGA